AUGACAUUCGCUUCACUUCUCAAUUCAGAAGUGGUGGCGUUCACACUUUUUCUCCUUCCCAACACUCUCAACUCUGGCGGUGCCGCCACGUGUCCAAUCGUUUUCCGCGUUUUUUUUUUUUGCCCUAUGGAGGAGGAGAAGAACGUGUGCGCGUCGGAGUCGGUGGUUGAAGGAAGCCGCGAUGUUUGGAGUUCCGAACCCUCACUCGCUUCCUCCGCGGAUCACCUCGUUGUGAUGGUGAAUGGAAUUCUCGGACGUACAACGGAUUGGAAAUAUGCUUCGGAGCAAUUUGUCAAGGAGUUGCCUGAUAAAGUGUUUGUUCACUGUAGCGAGCGAAAUGUGUCUAUGCAUACACUAGAUGGUGUCGAUGUAAUGGGGGAGAGAUUAGCAGAAGAGGUGCUUGAAGUGAUUCGAAGCAAACCAAAUAUGCGUAAGAUAUCCUUUGUUGCACACUCUGUGGGAGGACUAGUGGCACGAUAUGCAAUUGGGAGGCUGUAUAGGCCACCUGAAAAAGGAUCUGUGGAGGACUCAUGCAAUGAAGAAGGUAAGGAGGCCACAGUGGGUACAAUAGGUGGCUUGGAGGCUAUGAAUUUCAUUGCUGUGGCCACACCUCAUUUAGGUUCAAGGGGCAAUAAGCAGGUCCCAUUCCUGUUGGGGGUACCCGCUUUUGAGAAGGUUGCCAGUUGUGUUAUUCAUUUUAUUUUUAGAAGAACAGGUCGGCAUCUUUUCCUUACCGAUGAUGAUGAAGGAAGACCUCCAUUGCUUCAACGGAUGAUUGAAGACUAUGGUGAUUUGUAUUUCAUGUCUGCACUGCGCAGUUUCAAACGCCGCUUUGCAUAUUCAAAUGUGGACUAUGAUCAUAUUGUUGGCUGGAGAACAUCGUCAAUUAGACGUCAGAGUGAACUUGCAAAUUGGAAGGAUACCAUCAAUGAAAGAUAUCCACAUGUUGUAUAUGAAGAGCACUGCAAGGCUUGUUCCGAUUCUGAACAGUAUGACAUAUUGGAAAAUGACAACUCUGACAAGAUAGAAGAGGAGCUCGUAACAGGCUUAUCCCGCGUGUCAUGGGAAAAAAUAGAUGUUAGCUUCCGAAAUAGCAAGAAUAGAUUUGCUGCUCAUACUAUCAUUCAGGUCAAAGAUGAUAUCACACAAAUAGAAGGUGCAGAUGUUAUACAGCAUAUGAUUGAUCAUUUUCUGCUCUAG